GAAAAAUAUUGUUAACAAAUAUUCGGGAGUUAAGAUUGUAGGUUAUUCCCAUCAAAUCAUUCCUAGUGCAGUAAGAUUGUUGUUGUCAGAGUCGACCUCCUGAAAGUAUGGCUUUGAGUGAUAAUCAAAAGUUCAUAACUAAUGUAUUUAUGCAACUGCCUCAACCAUUGAAUAAAGUGCAAUGUAUGCAUGUGUAUAUAGAUGGAAGUCUAAGAAAUUUUCGUACCAAAGACAUAACGUUGCCCAAGAAGCCUGAAUCUGUUGAGGAAUUACCUGAAAUGGAGUUUUGUGGUUCAGCUACUGAUUUUGAUGUGGGAAAUCUUGCUGAUUACUACGCUCGACCAGUUAAAUUUUAUAGAGAUCCUUUCAGGAAGGGUGACAAUACCAUUGUAUAUUGUGAAACUUACUGUCGUGAAGGUUUACCUACAUUUGCAAAUAAUCGCUAUAGGCUACUAGCUGCUGCCAAGAACUAUUUCCAUCAAGUCAACCAAUUUACAUUUCAUCAACCGUUCAGUCUUUUCAGAACAGAUGAGGUUCCUCUCACUCAUAUGCAACAUGCCUUUUUUCCGGAUUCACGUUCCGGAUUUGUAUGUGGAGACGAAAUUGCAAAGGCCCAUCACAAGGCCUGCUUAUAUGCAGGAGUGAAUCUAACCAUGUACGAACCAAUCACAAAUCAAGGACAGUGGAUGUAUUCUAUUGGUCCUGGUACUGCCAUUGACAUUACCGACGACAUCUGUAUCAGCAGAUUUAUCCUUAUAAGAAUUGCUGAAGAUUUUGGAGUGUCUGUGAAGUUCGGCAAUUGGUUGGAUUUCUCGAGUUUAAAGCCUAUCGAAGCUCGACUCAAUCUUGUUGUAGACAACUUGAGUCAAAUAGACAAGCAAAGGACUGUGGAUGAACUAAUUUCCAAAUUGGUUAUCCGAGAAGGAAAGCCAGUGAAAGUGGCUUUGCUGCCUGAAAUAAUACAAAUUGCCAGCAUAUGUGGAGAAUUUGAUCCAUAUACCUUGCUGACCAAAGUGAUGGAAGCACUUAAAUCUUCAUUGAGAUGAUAGGAAAGUGUUAUAUGUUAAUUCAUAAGUUCGUCAUUAUGAAGUUUAUUCUAAUUUUUGAAGGAAAAAAAUUAAUAGGUAUUCUUAAACGUCCCAAAUCGUUUCAAUGUUGUACAAGUAGCUUACGUUUAUUCUUAGGUCUAAGGUGUCAAUUUGACUAUGGCAUUUGGUUUUAAUCUAUAAGCGCGAAAUCUAUUAAACUAAGAUCGUAGUCCACUGAACUGUUCUGUGACCCUGCCUUAUUAUCCAGCUUCAAAUAAAUCGUUUUCCACUGUGGUUGUAAAAAUCGUUCUUCUCAAUGAUUGAGCUGGAUUUGUUGAUUGGACGUUUCAUAAAAAAGCAUGUAAUUUUCAAUAAUAUGUUUUGUAUAGUUUCGAUACUUUUGUAUUGAGAUUGAUUAAAGAAAGAUUAAAUUGAAGCAAAAUUCAAAAUAUCUUUUCUGAUUCUCUGAGUUCAUUCAGUAUAAGCACUGAAGUUUAUGUUUCGCAUUUGCACAGAUUUCACUCUGUCAUUGCAAUGUUUUUCAAACCAUAAGGUUUCUUUUGAGCUAUUUUGUAGUUAUAGAUAACCAAGAUUAUUCGAAUACUUCUGCAGUGAGCAAGUUUAUAAAUCAGAACAACUUAAUAAUUUUUUUAUAAUGAUCGAAUUUUCGCAUACUUAAGACGCAGAGUUAAUGAUUCAAGGGUCUAAUCUGAAAUAUGCUAAUUAAUUUGUUCAAGCAAUAUCGAUUUU